CUCUAUUCAUAUUCAUGAGGUGGGCGUGUGUGAGGCCCGGGUUCGCUUUGUCCAGUGAGGGUGUUGGCUAGUUGAGCGGAGUCCGGAGUCGUCAUGUCUUUCAUCCCGGGACAGCCGGUGACCGCCGUGGUGCAAAGAAUUGAAAUUCUUAAGCUGCGACAUGGAGACAACCUGAUCCUUGGCUUCAGUAUUGGCGGUGGCAUUGACCAAGAUUCCGCUCAGAACCCAUAUUCAGAGGAUAAGACCGAUAAGGGUAUCUAUGUCACAAGGGUGUCUGAAGGAGGACCUGCAGAGGUAGCGGGCCUUCAGGCUGGAGACAAAAUAAUGCAGGUAAAUGGAUGGGAUAUGACCAUGGUGACACAUGACCAGGCCAGAAAACGUCUCACCAAAAGGAAUGAAGAAGUUGUUCGGCUUUUGGUGACCAGGAAGUCCCUGCAGGAGGCAGUCAGACAGUCUAUGAGACAAUAGAGAUGUGCUCACUUCAUCCAGCAAUUCGGCCUCUACUAGAAAACAGGUUUAACUGAAGGAGCAUCAGAUACAACACAGGCCUUAUCACUAAACUACAUCCACUGAUCUCCAGCUAGUGACAACAACAGAAUGACUUGUCAACUAUCUCUUGUGUUAAGUUACUUGUGGCCAAUUUAACGUUUCACAUUUCGGUCGGGUAGUAGAGGUGGCACAGCCUCCCUACUAUUCUGAACACACACUUCCACAAUAUUCCCCAUGUAUGUCUUUUUAAAAGUCCACUAAUGUAAUAUAGAGAAUUAAGAUUGUAAAAAAAAUGUGGUAAAUGGAAUGGGUUGUCAGCUUUGUUAUAGCUUUUUAUAUUUGUGUGUGUAUGUCGGGAUCCAGAAUUGACUUUUGCACAUAUUUAUCACUUGCUAGUCUUGGCUUGUUAGUUAAUAGUGAGGUUUUCCACUUUCAAUGACCGUGCAUGAUUGGAAACCUCACUCACUGACAGAGUAUGGUUGUGACAGUACUGAUCUUGUAAAGGAGAGCAACAGGCAGAACACUAAAUCCAGCAAUUAAGCUGUAGGAGUAGAUUCUCACCCUUGGCUGCAUUUUGGUUUAGGCUAUACUAUGUGGCACAAAAGCCUAAUCUUCAUCUCAUAUUUCACACUGCUAAAACCCCCAUUUGACUGAUUUAAGAUACCCAAGUGUUUGUUAAAGUGGUUGUAAGCCCUCACAUAUACCCAAAGAAUUAACUGGCCUCAGGUGAUACACAGAGAUAAACGGGUACAACUUGUGUAGGAGGAUUUGUUUUAUCUGCAGUCUACUCUUCUCUACAUCUGAUCAAAUUACAGAAUUUAUAAAGCUGGUCUGAGCUUGCAGGGAGGAAGUUAUACUCUACAGAGCUCAGUGAGAAGAGCUGAUUGGAGGAAAGGGACACACCCCUUUCACACA